UGCAUUACACUUCCAGCUCCUGCUUUCAGUAACCAGACACUCGCAGGUGAAUAUCUGCCAGGUUCACCGCUGAACAGAGACAGAGGGAGUGGUUAGAGAGAAAAGUAAUCAGACCUCCUUCCUCUCCAAAGACAACGCUGAACUUUCUCCAGGAGAAACACAAGACUCCGCCGGAGCAGGAAGUGCUCUGAAAAAAAUCCUUGGGAAUGUCUAAGGGAAAUAUCUGGAGCUCGUAUCCGUUAGUUCUGUAAGUUUCCUUUCACUGCCUGAACUACUGAGACACUUUAGUCUCUCUGUUUGGUUUCUCCCAUUUGAGAAUCACACUGAACUGCAGUAAAACUUCUGGAACAGAAGUGUUUCCAAAUGCUGGAGCGAGAGAGAGAGAGAAAGAGAGAGCCGGGGAUUUUCACGCACAAAACCCUUUUGUUUUCUCCGGUCUGUGAAACUAGAGCGCAUGCAGGUUAAAGUAAAACCACACUAACUAUGCAGCUAUUGGAUUUCACCUCAUAGCAUUCAAUGCAAACAGCAAUAUGGAUUCAAACCACACUAGGACCUCUUCAAGUUUUCUCAUGUCCGAUCAGACGACAGCUGUGUUGACGUCAUUUCGAACAUUGCCUGAUGAAGAUGCUAAUGGUCAUAUUGGAGUAGCAGAUCCUUUGAGACCGAAAUCUGGAGAUGGUUUGGAGGAAAACAUGGAGCUGGAUCGCCAUUAUUCGCCUGUUCAGGAUGCAGAUGGGUCUUCACAGACGUCCUCCGAUCCGUAUCUGGUGCAGGUGACCAGAGUGGAGACGUACAUCGACGAUGAGGAUGAGGAAGAUGCUACAAGCAUUCAGGAAAGGGAACAUGAAGGAUCCGCGGACAGACUCGAGCCGUUCGUUGUCAAAGCCGAGAGUCUCGUGGAGCGAUCGCUUAAAGACGCUUCGAUUCUGAGUCGGACCGGUCCAUACGCGAAACUCAAUCGUGCGUCAGACGAUUCCAGAAAAGAAGCGCCGUCUCGGAGCGUAGAUUCAGCGUCAGAAUUACCGAACAGAAGUUUCGUUCCUCCUCUCAAAGCUGCUUCUGAGUCUCGUAACGCAGGUGAGGACGCUUCUUUGGUUUCAGGUGAUUCAAACCAAGAAGGGAAUUCCGGAGCAGAUCCGACAUCUCCGACCGAUUCCCAAAAAGAAGAGACUGAGAGUGCAGCUUCUGUUUUACCCUCCUCAGAUCGUCCACAGACGGGGUCCGGGUCUAUCGCUCUCUCUUCUGCGAUAAACGACUCCAAACAGGACAACAGACAGCAGCUGCCGGCUCUGUUCAGCGGGAUACGGGUGUUAAAGAAAGGAGCGCUCGGAGACGAGAGGGAGACGCUUGCAGAAAUCAAACAGCGAGACGCGGACCGAGCGCUGCUGAGCCUCAAACAACACGUCAACAAAGCCAAACUACAACAAACCAAAAAGAAAAACCAACCCAGAAGUCUGUCUGAAAUCACCGGGUUGCUACAGAAAGCAUCGAACGAGGACAGAUCCGUGGCGACGGAUUCGUCUUCUGAUGCUGUUGCUGACAAAUCCAUAUUAUUCAGCUCGAAACCUGCUCAGAGGGAUCCGCUGGAUGCAGCGCUGGAUCUGGACGCUGUUCGGAGGAAGAAGAAGAACGAUAAAGAGCUGCUGAGGUCUAUCUUUGAGAGACAGCUGAGCAAAGCUCCGGUCGCUGAGGAGAGAUCUGAGGUCACGUCUCUGUCCGACGGUGAGGACCGAACCCCUGGCCGUCUGCAGGCCGUCUGGCCUCCACCUAAAGAGGACGGAGAGGAGAAGGUGGGCCUGCGCUACACUGAAGCCGAGCACCAGGCCGCUCUCCUGCAGCUGAAGAGAGAGAGUAAAGAGGAGCUGGAGAAACUGCAUGCGGAUUUCGAGCUGCAGAUCUUCCAGGUUCGAGGCGAGCAUGCGGCGGUGGUGUCGCGUCUGGAGUCGCUCAUCGGCGGGAUGCGGCAGGAGCGAGUGUAUAAUACCGUACGGGAGCACGGCGAGCUGCAGGACAUCUGCGUCUCCACCGAGGACGACCAGCCGCCCAAAAGCUUCCGUAACGUGUGCAUCCAGACCGACCGCGAGACCUUCAUCAAAACCCCCGAGGGACACGGGGCCAGACCAGCGCCGGGCACCAGCUCCAGCCCGCCCAAAAAACUGGACCUGGACUCCAUCAGCAUGAGUUUGGGUGUGGUUCCAGGACCGCCUCCUCUUCCUGGUAGCUCCGCCCCUCCACCGCCGCCUCCUCCUCUUCCUGGAAGCUCCGCCCCUCCUCCUCCGCCCUUACCUGGACUCGCACAUGCCCCGCCCCCUCCUCCACCUCUUCCAGGAGCCCCGCCCCCACCCAGUCUUCCAGGAGCCCCGCCCCCUCCUCCGCCUCCUGUUUUUGGCGGGUUUGGAUUCGGACAGGCGACUGAGAAAGCGCCGCGUAAACCUGCUGUCGAACCAGCCUGCCCCAUGAAACCGCUCUACUGGAACCGCAUCCAGAUUCAGGACAAGAAUAAUAACACGCUCUGGAGUUCACUGGAAGAGCCUGAUAUCAUAAACACACAAGAGUUUGAGGAUCUGUUCUCCAAAGCCACCGUCCAGACCAAGAAGAAACCGCUGUCAGACACGUACGAGAAGAAGAACAAAGCCAGGAAGAUCAUCAAGCUGCUGGAUGGGAAACGCUCUCAGGCCGUGGGAAUAUUAAUAUCCAGCCUCCAUCUGGAGAUGAAGGACAUUCAGCAGGGUGAGAUCAGAUGUAUCUAUCUAUCUAGAGCGCAGCCUGAGGAACUGGAGAAGAUCAGGAAACAUUACGAGACGUCUAAAGAAGACGAGAACGCAGGAACAGAGAAGAGCGUUUUCCCACUGCCUGAACCUCAGGAUCUCUUCCACGCUGCUCAGGUCAAGUUUGAAGAUCUCGCAAAAGACCUUCGCAAGUUAAAGAAGGAGCUGACAGCGUGUGUGAAGGAGGUUGAGCAGGUGUGUGAAAACUCCUCUGAGGAACAUCUACAGCCCUUCAAGGACAAGAUGGAGACCUUCGUCAGCACCGCACAAUCAGAGUAUGAGACUGAAGACGAGCGGCUGCAGGCGGCACAGAAGAGCUUCCAGGAGAUGGUGAUGUACUUCGGGCUCAAACCCAAGUCUGGAGAGAAGGAGGUUUCUCCAAGCUUCAUCUUCAUGCUGUGGUACGAGUUCUGCAAUGAUUUCAAGAGCACCUGGAACCGAGAGAAUAAAAGCAUCUCCAAAGAGAGACUCAAAGAAGCUCAGCAGACCGUCCAGAAAAUCACAGCUGAGAAGAAAGUGGAGACGAAGAAGACCAACGCAAACAGUCUGAAAGAGCGCCUGCGAAAGAAAGAAGCCGGCGUGUCGUCCAGCUGAGACAGAAACAGAUGCACGCUGUUUGAGUUCGUUCAGAGGAUCUGCUGAGGAUCUGAAGAAUCAUUUCAGAUCACUCCAUCAUCAGAUAUACCAGAAAACAGCCCGAAAUACUGCACCGAGUGUGUGGAGCCACUUCAGCACGAGAGAACCGUCCUAUUAAACAUAUGCUGAUGGCAAGAAACAUCUGACAUCAAUAUAUCUAUCAGAAUCAGCAGUGCCUCAUAUUCCUCAAACAGGGCCUCAUCUAUAUUAUCUGUGUUUGGACUUGAAUGGCGUCACUCGCUUCUGCCUCGGUGUUUCACCACAUUUUUUACUUUUGCCAAAAUGAAGCACUUUUACACUCCUCACUCGUGGAGCCUAUGCAAUAUCCUCCGUUUCAAAAGAGAAAUGUGCAAAUCAUAUCCAUGCAUUAAAUGUGAGAAAACUACUGAUGUGUGUUAUGAUGAUGAACGAAUCAGAUUUACCCUGCAGUGAGUGUGCGACUACAUCUGAUGACAUCUUCAUGCGUAAAUGAGUCAAAAAGUCCUGUUUAUUCACAGAACGAAGGUUUUAUUGAGGGAUAUAAUGUUGUGAGGAUGCCAGAAAAUGAUAAUGUUUCCCUGUUGGUUUUUGUGUAAUGAAUUCUGUAAUUUAUCCAGUUUUUUCAGGCCCAGAUGUGUUGAAAACCUCCUGGAACAUUAAUACUGUGUCAGAUUUUAUUGACAUUUUUUAAUUAAUUUCCUGUGUCAACGUACAUUUAUUAGGUGCAAUAAACGGACAUCAGCGUCUG